AUGUUAUUAUUUCUAAUUUGCUUAGCAAAUGCUGUAGAUUUAAGAUUAAAAUUGCCGGCUCGAUAAAUAAGAUGUUUUGGUGAUAGAUUAUAGGAAAAGGAAAUGAUUCAAGGGUUUGUGGAAGGUGAGUCUGCUGAUUAUAGUCUUAAAAUAACAGAUACAGGUCUGAAUAAGCAAUUGUUUUACACGUAUCAUGAAUUAACACAAAAGUUUACUCAACUUUUUAAUGAAACAACACAGAUUCAAAUUUGCAUUCAUAAUCUUGCACAUUAUUAGAUGAACAUAUAAUUUUUCUAUGAGUAAGGAAUACAAGCAGAAUUAGCAUCUAUUAAAGAUUUGAAGGAAGUUGAAAAGUAAGUGAUAUAAUACAACAAUACUUUAUAACACCUAAAAGUAAAUGCUUGAAAUAAACAAUUAGUCUGCUCAAUAGGAUUUAAUGUAGUUGUAGACAAACAGAAAUGAGAAGAUGAAUGUAAUUUCAAGUAAAAUAAUACUUUUUUCAAUAUUAACUAUUGGAUUAAUGAUAGUGGUUACUAUAACUUUUACAAUAAAAGCAGCGAAAGUAAUGAAGUAAAAGAAAUCUUAUUGA